UUCUUACUCACCUCUGUCUCGUAAAACCACGCCCUCCUGCGCUCCGAUUGGCCAGAAGUUCAUUCUCAAAAACAGCAGCCAAUCGCCUCACACAAGGGGGCGUGGUUAGAGCCUUGCGUCACUGCCCGCUGCCGCCUGACUCACCUGCGGUGAGAGGUGUGGGUUCAGCGCAGAGCAGCUCAGACUACAGGACCUGCAGACGAGUUCCUCCACAGAGAACCACGCAGGUCCACGCAGAGAGGGACUGGCUAGCAUGUGAUACUCAGCGGCGUUUGUGUUCCUGACCAUUCAGCAGUGAAGUCCCACAAGAGCAGCGGUCAGGUCAGAUGGCGACCCCCAGGAGAGCUGGACGCCCAAAAUCUCUGCUGCCCACCUGCUAUCACGAGGGCUUCCUGGAGAAGAGGACGGCCAAGGACAAGGCAGCGCAGAAGCUUUGGACCUCCUUGUGCGGGAAUUCACUCUUUUUCUACAACAACAGCAAAGACAACGAUUAUGUGGAGAAGCUGGAACUGUCUGACUUUGUCUCUCUGAUCGAUGACUCCAGUCAAGACCGUAGCCUGGAAGCAGGAAGACUCCAACUGCACUUAAAAAGCGGAGAUGUUCAUCUCACUGCUCCGAGUCUUGAAGCACGAGAGCUGUGGAAAGGCUUCAUCUUCGCUGUGGUUGAGCUGGCAGUGCCCACCUCCCUCAACCUGCUGCCCGGCCAGAUCCACAUGCUGAGGGAAGUUGUGGAGAAAGAGAAACUGAGACGCAAACCUCUUCCUUCUACUCCUGCAACUGCACACGCUACUAUAACCGUGCCUUCAACCAGCGCUCCGGCCGGCCUCCACAACGUCUACGUGACCACGCUGUCCGAAAUGCCAGCGUGCUACCAGCUGGUGUCCCGUGCUGAGGCUGAGCUCGUUCUGGAGAGGUAUCAGGAGAAGGGGAACCUGCUGCUCCGACCGGGACGAGACGGCUCCUCUUUCGCUGUUUCAACUCGUCAGGACCUCAACGGACCAGUGUACAGACACUACCGGGUGACUCGGAGACAUAAGGGCGGAUUUGACAUCGCUGUGGAGAACCCUAUCCAGUGCGAGACGCUGCACGAUGUUAUAAGCUGUUUGGUGGAGAAGACCGGAGGAACCCUGAAGCCUUUAAUACUGGAGGGGGCUUAUGAAGAAAACAUCAUAUUUGUGGAAAAAAAUAGAGAAAGUGGGGAGAAGAGUGUAAUCUGUGCCAACAGCUGCCCUGGACCAUCUGCAUCUUCAUCUCCACCUGUACCUGAGACCCCCAAACCAGAGAAGACAGUGUCCAGCCCUCAGCCUGAGAAUGACUACAUCAGUCCCUUCGACGUGGAUGUGUACAAGGUUGAUAGAGGUGCUGGACCUCCGCCCCCUGUACAGCCUCGUGUUCCAGUGCGAACCUUGCCUCAUCAGACUGUUGUUCCUGAAGGCCUGACGAUGAGCCCAGGGGGCGCUCUGCUUCCACCUGGCCGCCAGAUUCUACGACGAAAUAGUAUGUCAGAGAUGCCAAAUACGCGCACUCGGUGCCCACAGCCUGACGCAGACACCAUCUCAAAGGAUCUCGCCGAAGAGCUGAAACAAAAGUUAAAGCGGAGGCAGGUUACUGUAGACUGAUCCCUGACCACAGACCACCUGGUUCACCCUCACCUCGUCUGAACAAAGGAAGGAAUGAGUGAGAAAAGGAAUGAGAGACUCACUGAGCCGCUCUCACACAAUAAAAGCGGAAUCUGUCCUGUUGUUGGCCGCCAGGACUGGGCACGCCUGGAAGAGACUAAUCAGCCAUCUGUGGGUGUUGUCCAGCUGGCUGGACCAGCACGGAGAUCUGUAAUCUUGAAGAUUGACUCUUUAUUGAUCCUCCCUGAGAUUCCGCUGUCUCAUCUAGUGAUUACGCAUUGUAAAUUAGCACAUAACAGCGAAAAGCUGUGCAUCUGCUUGUAAGUGCCACAUCGUCUUCAUCGCCUGUGUUCCCUUUGGACAGUAAAUCACUGUGUGCCUGUA